AUGCCCAGAGGAAAGAAGAGUAAGGCCCGUGCUCGUGAGAAGCGCCGCCAAGUCCAAGAUGAGGCCCGGGGGCUCAAGAAUGCUCAAGCCAAGGCAGCAGAGAAAGGAGAGUCGACCUCCUGCUCUGAUCAUGAUUCUGGAGAUGCUGUUGCAAGCACCUCUACUGCUGGCUUCCCUCAGAGCAAGGCACUUACCACCUCUGCUGGUAUAGGCAUGACCCGCAAAAGGUCUGGUAAAGGUUCAAAGGGCAGAGAAGGGAAAAAUGGUAGUUCUUGUAGUUUCCCACUCUCUGGAAGCAAACAGAUUGAUCUUCUAUCAAGGAAGAUAGGAAUGCUGGUAGAGUACAUGCUCUGCAAGUACAAAAUUAAGCAGCCUGCAAGGAGGGGAGAAAUGCUGAAAGUUAUCAACAAAAGGUUCAAGGAGCAGUUCCCUGAUAUCCUCAAGAAAGCCGCCCAUCGAUUAGAUGUGGUGUUUGGUCUUGAGGUGAAAGAAGUCCAGCCCCAUGGUCAAACCUACAUUCUUGUCAGUAAGCUAGAAUUCCAGGAUGAUGGAAGUGAGAGCAGUGAGCUGGGUGUUCCUACUAGGGGCAUUCUGAUCCCCCUCCUAAGUGUGAUCUACUUAAACAACUACUGUGCCCCAGAGAAUGAGGUCUGGCAUUUCCUGAAUAUGUUAGGAGUCUAUGAUGGGGUCCCACACAUCAUCUUUGGGAAUGCCAGGAAGCUCAUCACUGAAGAUCUAGUGCAGGAAGAGUACCUAGAAUACCGUGAGGUUCCUGAUAGUGACCCUCCAUCCUAUCAGUUCCUGUGGGGUUCAAAAGCCUAUGCUGAAUCCAGCAAGAGAAAGGUGAUGGACUUUUUAGGUAAGGUCAGUGAAACCAUGCCCAGUUCUUACUCGUUUCGUUGUGAACAGGCUUUGAUUGAAGAGGAAGAAAAAGCUGAAGCUGAAGCUGCAGCCAAGCCUGGCACUAAGGGCAAAGCCAAGGGACAUUCUAAGUCCUAG